GUGGAGCGCUGGGGAGGGUGCGCGCUGGAUCGCGGCCGCCGAACAAAGGAGCCGGGCGCUGCCGCGGGGACCCGCCAUCAACCUCCCGGGCCGCGCCGGGCCCUCCGCCCGCCGCCACCAUGACCGCCAACGGCACGACCGAGGCAGUGCAGAUCCAGUUCGGCCUCAUCAACUGCGGCAACAAGUACCUGACUGCCGAGGCGUUCGGGUUCAAGGUGAACGCGUCAGCCAGCAGCCUCAAGAAGAAGCAGAUCUGGACGCUGGAGCAGCCGCCCGACGAGGCGGGCAGCGCGGCCGUGUGCCUGCGCAGCCACCUGGGCCGUUACCUGGCGGCAGACAAGGACGGCAACGUGACCUGCGAGCGCGAGGUGCCCGGCGCCGACUGCCGCUUUCUGAUCGUGGCGCACGACGACGGCCGCUGGUCGCUGCAGUCUGAGGCGCACCGGCGCUACUUCGGCGGCACCGAGGACCGCCUGUCGUGCUUCGCGCAGACCGUGUCGCCGGCCGAGAAAUGGAGCGUGCACAUCGCCAUGCACCCGCAGGUCAACAUCUACAGCCUGACCCGCAAGCGCUACGCGCACCUGAGCGCGCGGCCGGCGGACGAGAUCGCGGUGGAUCGCGACGUGCCCUGGGGCGUCGACUCGCUAAUCACGCUGGCCUUCCAGGACCAGCGCUACAGCGUGCAGACCGCCGACCAUCGCUUCCUGCGCCACGACGGGCGCCUGGUGGCGCGCCCUGAGCCCGCCACCGGCUACACGCUCGAAUUCCGCUCCGGCAAGGUGGCCUUCCGCGACUGCGAAGGUCGCUACCUGGCGCCGUCGGGGCCUAGCGGCACGCUCAAGGCAGGCAAGGCCACCAAGGUGGGCAAGGACGAGCUCUUCGCCCUGGAGCAGAGCUGCGCCCAGGUCGUGCUGCAGGCGGCCAACGAGAGGAACGUGUCCACGCGCCAGGGUAUGGACCUGUCGGCCAAUCAGGACGAAGAGACCGACCAGGAGACGUUCCAGCUGGAGAUCGAUCGAGACACCAAAAAGUGUGCCUUCCGCACUCACACGGGCAAGUACUGGACUCUGACGGCCACGGGGGGUGUGCAGUCCACCGCCUCCACCAAGAAUGCCAGCUGCUACUUUGACAUUGAGUGGCGUGAUCGGCGGAUCACACUACGUGCGUCCAAUGGCAAGUUUGUGACGGCCAAGAAGAACGGGCAGCUGGCCGCCUCGGUGGAGACAGCAGGGGACACGGAGCUCUUCCUCAUGAAGCUGAUCAACCGCCCCAUUAUUGUGUUCCGCGGGGAGCAUGGCUUCAUCGGCUGCCGCAAGGUCACGGGCACCCUCGACUCCAACCGUUCCAACUACGACGUCUUCCAGCUCGAGUUCAAUGAUGGUGCCUACAACAUCAAAGACUCCACAGGCAAGUACUGGACGGUGGGCAGUGACUCCUUGGUCACCAGCAGCAGUGACACGCCUGUCGACUUCUUCUUUGAGUUCUGCGACUACAACAAGGUGGCCAUCAAGGUGGGUGGGCGCUACCUGAAGGGGGACCACGCAGGGGUCCUGAAGGCCUGCGCUGAGACCAUCGACCCUGCCACGCUGUGGGAGUACUAGGCCCCACACCCGUGUCCCCACGCCUGUGUCCCCACCCUGCCCCGACCCCUCUCGCUAACUCUUCUCCAGGUGGGUGCCUCCGAGGGUGGCAAGCCCCUUGCCUUUUAAACUGGAAACCCAGAGCAAACUGUCCCCACCUGUUGUCCCGCGUGGCCUCUCCCUGGGUGGGUCAGCGGCAGCAGCCUGGUCCUUGGAGGGAUUUUGGAUCCCUCUGCCCUCUCUUUGCUGUGGGUGAGGCCGGCACCUCUUUUUUCUGACCUCAGAUGACUCUGAGCCUUACUUCCCCAAAGUGGCCAAGGAGCAGUGGGGGCUGGGAGGCCUUCUGGACCCCCCUGGGUGUGGCGGGGUGUAACUGGAAUCUCCUGCCCCUUGCCGAGAUCCCCAACUUCCUAGGAGCCAGGUAUUUGUCCCAAGCCCAUAGUCCUGGCGCACCAGCCCUGCCUCAGGAGGAAAGCCGUGCAGGGUGGGGCCGAAAGAGUGCCCACCACUUGUCCCCUCUGCAUGGAGCAGGCCUGCCCACUGCACAUCCUGCUGUGGUCUGGGGCCCUGCUCCUGUCUCUUCUUUCACCCUGGCCUCACUGGAAGGAGAAAAUGACCAAAUCAGUAUUUUUUUUUAAUGAAAUGUUAUUGCUGGAGGAGGCCCAGGCAAGCCUGGUUAUAGCCAUGAGUGGUCCUCAUGGGGCCUUGUGGGGGGCAGGGGCGUUUUGGAUGGCAUCUCCAGGCCUCAGUUCCCUCUCUGCCAGUUAGUGGUGGGGCAGGCAGAGCCCCUCCUGAAUCCAGAACCUGCUUCCACUUCCCCGGGGGCUCUCACUGGCCCCCUCCCACCUGCCUGCCCAGUCCCUGGCCUGUGUCCCUACCUGGUGGUGCUGGGCCUUUGCUGCCUCAGCCAGAGCCUCCAGUGGGCAUGAUGGGUGCUCCUUGUCUGACUGGACUCUGGGUCUCGGGGCGGGAUGAAGCCGGGUGUCACUCAGCUGGGAGCCUGUGAGGAGCUGUCUGGCCCCAGGUUCCCAGCACUGCCCCUGCCAGCCCUCUGACUGGUUCAUCUCCACCAUGCAUCUCACUGGGUGUCUUGGUCUUUUAUUUUUUUGUAAGUGUCAUUUGUAUAACUAAAUGCCCAUGAUAGUAGCUUCAGACUGGAAAGAGAAAAAUAAAAUAACGCAAGUCCAGCA